AUGAAGUGCGAGUUUCCGCCCCAGGACUGCGCACGCUCCAUCUUCUACAUCAACUACUAUCCAGUCGAUUACCACCACAUCCACUACGACUGCUCCUACUGCUCCUACAACGACUACUACGAGUAUUACUACUACUACCACCUCGUCUACCGCCAGCGCUCCAUCUUCAACGUCAACUUCAAUCCAGUCAACUACUACCACAUCCACUACGACUACGACUUCUGCUCCUGCUACUACUAUCACCCCCACCUCUGUGACGUCUUCUGCUACACCUUCUGCAACUUCGACCACUCCCACUACGCCGACCAUCAAGCCCCAGCGGACUCACGGAUCCUCGUUGCCGAUUCCAGUGAGGAUGGAAACCCGGAUGGCAUGACAGUGGAGAAGUGUGUAGCGCUUGCGAAGGAUGGUGCUUGGAGAUAUGCAGGUGUCGAAUUCGGGAGUCAAUGCUUUGUCGGGAAUACAUUACAUGGUCCCGAUCAAUUUCCAGACAGUGACUGCAACAUAGUUUGUGCUGGCGACCCUAGCGAGCUUUGCGGCGAUGCUGGUCGUAUUCAGGUAUAUGAGGACUCAACAUGGAGUAGUCCGACUCUUCAAGAGCUUGUGGAUGCGGUGCGGCAGUACAAUGCCACCGUGGAAGAAGCGCGCUCCGCAAUUGUUGCCUAUCAGAGUCAUAUGAAGGAUUUGGAAGAUUUCCUUUCGUCCGCUUCCAUUGUCAAACGAUCUGGUUCACUCGAGUCGUUCAGAAUGGAGAUUCUGAAUGACGACACUGUUCUGAAGCAGGUACAGGCUGUUGAGCAGAAUGUCAGAAAGAACACACAGGAAGUAAUUACAAAGGGCAGGGAACUUGAUACCAUCAGCGAGGAUAAUCCAAGUGUUCCGACUAACAUUUUUAUUACAUGGAAUGGCACAGAUGGGCUGGGAUCACAAAUUAGCCAAGUUCGAGAAACCUUGCAACGCAACGCCGACGAACUCCAGAUAGCAAUCGACACAAAUACCAGUCCGCAAAUUGAUGCCGCUGCCAGUGUAGCAGAAGCAGACUCGGCGCUUAAGCUCAUUGGACUCACUGUCAUCGGCGGGCUAUGGUUAGGAAGUGGCUUUUUGUAUGCGUUGGCAGAGAUCAUACAUUUCUUUGGUGGCGACACUUCCCCCGAGCCUGCUACUACCACAACAACCAUAGGGACAACAAGUUUACCUACAGGAUCAGCAACCACCACAACCUCUACUACGACGUGCACUGCCACAGCGACGACGACCCCGGUCGGAAUCAUCACAAAGCAGGGAACAAGCCUCGUUGAAUUCAACGAACUCGUCGCCAGUCUGCCGCAGGACUCCGGCAGCGUCCAGCUCACAAAUUCAUGGCAGCCUAACUUUUUAUACCUAGGUGAAAUGGACGAAUGCACCACCGGAACCCUCAAUAACAACCCAUUGGUUGAGUUGUGGGCUAUCGCGUCGGACUCUCCACCUCUAUUCGUUAUAAACCAAAAUGGCAUUCCUGAUUGCCAGGCAUAG